UGAUUGCCACUUCCUGGAAGGAGGCGGCAGCAUGUCCGACAACGAGGAUAACUUUGACGGCGAUGACUUCGACGAUGUGGAGGAGGACGAGGGGCUGGAGGACCUGGAAAACGCUGAGGAGGAAGGGCAGGAGAAUGUAGAAAUCCUCCCAUCUGGAGAGCGCCAGCAAGCAAACCAGAAGCGGAUUACUACCCCCUACAUGACCAAGUACGAGCGAGCCAGAGUCCUGGGCACUCGUGCCCUCCAGAUAGCGAUGUGUGCCCCUGUGAUGGUAGAAUUGGAAGGAGAGACAGACCCCUUGCUGAUUGCCAUGAAAGAACUCAAAGCACGCAAGAUCCCCAUAAUCAUCCGCCGAUAUCUGCCAGAUGGGAGCUAUGAAGACUGGGGCGUGGAUGAGUUAAUUAUCACAGACUGAUCAGCCUGGAAAGCCAUUGCUUUUGGUUCUUCUUUCCACAGCAGAUGUUUCUAUUUUUGUUUAUAUUUGUGUAAAUAAAUUGUAAACUUCCCUAUUUUAA